AUGGAGAGCCUCCCACAACCCCUCCGUGAGGCCGUCAAGGUCCUGGAGGAGCAAUUCACCGUGAGCACGGAGAAGCUCAAGGCCAUCACUGAUCACUUCGUGUCGGAGUUGGAGAAAGGGCUGAGCAUUGAGGGAGGAAGUAUUCCUAUGAACCCGACUUGGGUCAUGUCUCUCCCGACCGGUCGUGAGACUGGAAGUUAUCUGGCGCUUGAUGUUGGAGGCACAAACCUCCGUGUCUGCGAAGUAACUCUCGUAGAUAAGCAGUGCGAGUUCGAAAUCACCCAGGCCAAGUACCGCAUCCCCGAGGAACUGAAAGUCGGCAACUCUCACGACUUCUGGGAGUACCUCGCCGACUGCGUGCAGCAGUUUGUCAAGGAGCAUCACCCGGGACCGCUUAAGAAGAAGCUACCACUUGGCUUCACUUUCUCGUACCCUGCCACCCAGGAAUUUAUCAACCACGGUAUCUUGCAGCGCUGGACAAAGGGAUUCGAUGUCUCGGGGGUUGAAGGAGAGAAUGUUGUUCCCCUGUUUGAGGCGGCUCUGGAGAGAAGGGCGGUUCCAGUUGUUAUCGUUGCCUUGAUUAACGAUACAACAGGCACACUUGUCGCGUCAGCAUACACGGACCUCAAGGUUAAGGUCGGCUGUAUCUUCGGAACAGGCUGCAACGCGGCCUAUAUCGAGAACUGCGGCUCCAUCCCUAAGCUGGCUCACCGCAACUUGCCCGCGGAUUUGCCCAUGGCCGUCAACUGCGAGUGGGGUGCUUUUGACAACGAAAACCUUGUUCUCCCGCGUACCCCAUACGACGUCACCAUCGAUGACAUGUCGCCUCGCAAGGGUCAACAAGCGUUCGAAAAGAUGGUCGCCGGUCUCUAUCUCGGAGAACUUUGGCGACUCAUCAUGCUCGAACUACACCAGAAGUCUCUCAUCUUCAAGGGCCAUAAUGUCUCGAGUCUGGAAAAGCCCUUCUCUCUCGACUCGUCACUUCUCUCCGCUAUCGAAGAGGAUACAACUGAAAACCUCCAGGAUACCAAGAACAUCAUCCAGGAGAAAUUGGGUGUGGUCGGCACUGACGACGAGCUCAAGGUGGCCAAGAUCGUGUCUGAGUUGAUCGGCAUCCGUGCCGCACGCCUCACCGCCUGUGGCAUUGCUGCCAUUGGCAAGAAGAAGGGCUGGAAGGAAUUCCAUGUGGGAGCUGAUGGAUCCGUGUUCCACAAGUACCCUCAUUUCAAGGAGAGACAAGCGCAUGCCAUGGGCGAGAUUCUGGGCUGGCCCGAGAAGCGAGAUGAGAAUCCUAUCGAAGUCGUCCCUGCCGAGGAUGGAAGCGGCGUCGGCGCCGCCCUCAUUGCCGCUUUGACAUACGACCGUGUGAGAGCCGGAAACACCGCCGGUGUUUAUAGGCCGGAGAUUUUCGCGGAAACUAGCGCUACGGAAAAUUAG